CGCCCAGCCAUCGGGGGCCCGCAUUCCCCGUCGCCCCUACGCUGGGGGCCCCGGCGCCUCGACGCUCCGCCCGGUGGGCCCCGGCGCCCGUCGCCCCCGCCCGGGGGCCCGACGCCCGUCGACCCCGCCCCGGGCCCGACGCCCCGUCCGCCCCGCCGGGGGCCCGACGUCCCUCCGCCUGGUGGCCCGCUGCCUGAUGCUGCUUCGCCUGUAAUCCGAUGUGUGCCUCUGCCCCCGGAGUCCAGCCCGGUGUGCCUCUGCCCGGUGUGCCUCUGCCCGAUGUGCCUCCUGCCCGGAGGGGUGGGGGAGUCCAGCCCGAUGUGCUCUGCCCGAGUCCAGCCCGGUGGU